CUAAUUAACUGAUAUCCUCCAAUCAAACAUUCGUGAACCCUCCAUUUCUUACUUCCUUUUUUCUUUCUUUUCCUUUUUCCUCCUCUAAUGGCGGCCAUUAUGAUUCUUCAAUGAAUCUCGUGGAGUUUCCGUAAUUUUCCGUUGCACUUUUUCUCAUCGGACUUGAAGCUAACUUCAUUUCCGCUCUUCGAGAAUGGGCGGCGAUAAGGCCAUCACUCUUGAGGAGAUCAAAAACGAGGCCGUUGAUCUGGAACAUAUUCCAAUAGAGGAAGUGUUCGAACAGUUGAAAUGUACACGAGAAGGUCUGACGUCAGAGGAAGGAGCCCACCGGCUUCAAGUUUUCGGACCCAACAAACUAGAAGAGAAGAAGGAAAGCAAACUCCUCAAGUUUUUGGGUUUCAUGUGGAAUCCUUUAUCUUGGGUUAUGGAAGCUGCUGCCUUAAUGGCUAUAGUCUUGGCAAAUGGUGGUGGAAGACCACCAGACUGGCAAGACUUUGUGGGGAUCAUUGCUUUACUUUUUAUCAACUCUACCAUAAGUUUUAUUGAAGAAAACAAUGCUGGUAACGCGGCUGCAGCACUCAUGGCUGGUCUUGCUCCCAAAACUAAGGUUCUAAGAGAUGGUCGUUGGAGUGAGCAAGAGGCUGCUAUUCUUGUUCCUGGAGAUAUUAUCAGCAUUAAGCUUGGGGAUAUAAUACCAGCAGAUGCCCGUCUUCUGGAGGGUGAUCCUUUAAAGAUUGAUCAAUCUGCUUUAACUGGAGAAUCACUCCCAGUCACCAAGAACCCUUCAGAUGAAGUAUUUUCUGGUUCUACAUGUAAACAGGGUGAAAUAGAAGCAGUCGUGAUUGCCACUGGUGUCCACACAUUUUUCGGCAAAGCUGCUCAUUUGGUAGAUAGCACCAAUCAAGUUGGACAUUUCCAGAAAGUUCUUACUGCUAUUGGUAAUUUCUGUAUUUGCUCAAUCGCCGUUGGAAUACUAAUCGAACUCAUAGUCAUGUACCCAAUACAACGACGCAAGUAUCGAGAUGGAAUUGACAAUUUACUGGUGCUUUUGAUUGGUGGAAUUCCUAUUGCAAUGCCAACCGUUUUGUCUGUUACAAUGGCCAUUGGCUCUCAUAGGCUUUCUCAGCAGGGUGCCAUUACAAAGAGAAUGACAGCCAUUGAAGAAAUGGCUGGCAUGGAUGUCCUCUGCAGCGAUAAGACAGGAACUCUAACCCUGAACAAGCUAACGGUAGACAGAAGCUUGAUCGAAGUGUUUGUCAAGGGCGUUGAGAAAGAGUAUGUUAUUCUUCUUGCAGCCAGGGCUUCAAGAACAGAGAAUCAGGACGCUAUUGAUGCAGCUAUAGUUGGAAUGCUUGCAGAUCCCAAAGAGGCACGAGCAGGAAUUAGGGAGGUACAUUUCCUUCCAUUCAAUCCUGUUGACAAAAGAACUGCCUUAACCUAUAUUGACUCCGAUGGACAUUGGCACCGAGUAAGCAAAGGCGCUCCUGAGCAGAUCCUAAAUCUUUGCAACUCCAGGGAAGACAUUAGAAGAAAGGUUCAUGCAGUGAUUGACAAGUUUGCAGAACGUGGACUUCGUUCAUUGGGUGUUGCAAGACAGGAAGUACCUGAAAAAUCAAAAGAUAGCCAUGGAGGACCAUGGCAGCUUGUGGGUUUGUUGCCUCUUUUUGAUCCUCCUAGGCAUGAUAGUGCAGAAACCAUAAGAAGAGCUCUGAACCUCGGAGUAAAUGUCAAGAUGAUUACUGGGGAUCAACUUGCCAUUGCCAAGGAAACAGGGCGUAGACUUGGUAUGGGAACAAAUAUGUACCCUUCUUCUUCAUUACUUGGUCAAGACAAGGAUGAAUCUAUUGCUUCACUUCCUGUGGAUGAGUUGAUUGAGAAGGCAGAUGGAUUUGCAGGAGUAUUUCCAGAACACAAAUAUGAAAUUGUGAAAAGGCUGCAGGAAAGGAAGCAUAUAUGUGGAAUGACAGGAGAUGGUGUUAACGAUGCUCCUGCUUUGAAGAAGGCAGAUAUUGGAAUUGCUGUUGCUGAUGCUACCGAUGCUGCUAGAAGUGCUUCAGAUAUAGUCCUUACAGAACCAGGAUUGAGUGUAAUUAUUAGUGCCGUGCUAACCAGCAGGGCUAUCUUUCAGAGGAUGAAGAAUUACACGAUUUAUGCAGUUUCGAUUACCAUUCGUAUAGUGUUUGGAUUCAUGUUCAUUGCUUUGAUUUGGAAGUUUGACUUCGCUCCCUUCAUGGUUUUAAUAAUAGCCAUUCUGAAUGAUGGAACAAUUAUGACAAUUUCAAAGGAUCGAGUAAAGCCAUCUCCGCAGCCUGAUAGUUGGAAACUAAAGGAGAUUUUUGGAACAGGCAUUGUCCUUGGAGGAUACUUGGCAUUAAUGACAGUAUUAUUCUUUUGGGCCGUCAAAGAUACCAACUUUUUCUCCGAAAAAUUUCAUGUGAAACCCUUGAGAGACAGUCCUCAAGAAUUGAUGGCGGCCUUGUACCUUCAAGUGAGCAUAAUAAGUCAGGCACUUAUUUUUGUGACAAGGUCUCGCAGCUGGUCGUUUAUGGAACGUCCUGGACUGCUCCUUGUCGGAGCUUUCAUCAUUGCUCAGCUGGUGGCAACUGUGAUCGCUGUUUAUGCAAAUUGGGAGUUUGCAAGGAUAAAAGGAAUGGGAUGGGGUUGGGCUGGUGUUAUCUGGCUCUAUAGCAUCGUAACGUAUAUCCCUCUCGAUAUUUUGAAAUUUGGUAUCCGGUAUGCUCACAGCGGCAAGGCUUGGGACACACUUCUCGAGAACAAGACUGCGUUCACAACGAAAAAGGACUAUGGGAAAGAAGAGAGAGAAGCACAAUGGGCAGCAGCACAGAGGACCCUACAUGGCUUACAACCACCUGAGAACUCCAAUCUCUUCCCAGAGAAAAGUAGUUACAGGGAGCUUUCAGAGAUUGCAGAGCAAGCCAAGCGCCGUGCUGAGGUUGCCAGGCUCCGAGAAUUGCACACACUGAAGGGGCAUGUGGAAUCAGUAGUGAAGCUGAAAGGACUUGACAUUGACACAAUCCAACAACACUAUACAGUUUAAAGAGCCGCAAAAAUCCACAUCUGCUGCUACCAGUAAGUUAGAUAUAAGCUUUGUAUUACAAGUUGUUGGGGUAAAAAACCCUUUUCGUUUUUAUGCUCAAAAGUUUGUAGUCUCAAACUUCAGAGAGUUUGUUAUUUCUUAUUAAGCAACUGCAACGAGAAAUGGCAUAUCCUGGUGGUUUGGUUGGUUUAUGAAUACCAAAAUCAAACAAAUUUCAUGUAUUAUUAAUUCUGCUUUUCUUUUUCUA